AUGGUAAAAGAUAAUAGAAUUUCUGUUCUUGCAAUAAUUGAGCCUCUGAUCAAGCCUAAGCCUGAUGUCUACAGUAGGCUUUUUGGGAUGAAAUUCAAAGGCGCUAAUAAAAAUGGACAAAUUUGGGUGUUCGCGAAGGAGGACAUUGAGCUUGAUGGUUGGGAUGAUUCAGACCAGGUCCUUCAUGGCCGAUAUGUCUCUCCGUCCCUACCGGUUCCCAUUUUCAUGUCGGUGGUUUAUGGUAAAUGUUCUAGAGAGGGGAGGGUGGAAAUGUGGGAUAAGCUCCGAGAGCUGGCUUCGAAGUUGGAUGGUUCGCCAUGGUUAGUGGGAGGCGAUUUUAAUAUUUUUGUGUCGGAAGAGGAGAGACAAAGAAGUGUGAGGAGGCAAGGUAGGAAGGCUAGGGAAAUGUCGGACUUCGCAGAAACUAUUAGUGACUGCCAACUGUUAGAUGUGGGAGCGGAUGGGCCAAAAUUUACUUGGGCAAGAGGGAACACCUUUGAGAGACUUGAUAGAGUGCUUCUGAGUGAAGGUUGGGCAAAUGUCUUUGAGUCUACAAGAGUCACAAACCUUCCGAGGAUUCUCUCAGAUCAUUGCCCUCUUCUGAUUAAUUGCCGAUUACCUGGACCUCGGAUCAAGCCAUCCUUUAGGUUCCAAAACAUGUGGGUGCGUCACCCCUUGUUCCUUAAGGAGGUGGAAAGAUAUUGGAGGGAGGAAACGGGCACCAGUGGCAUGGUUAAUGUUCAACUCAAGCUGAGCCGUCUAAAGAAGAGCUUAAGAAUCUGGAAUCGUGUAGUUUUUGGCAACAUUUUUGAGAGAUUAGGAAAGGCUGAAGCUGAGGCUAAGGAAACUUCAGAAAAAUUUGAGCAGAACCCCACUCCAGCCCUUCGUGUGGAGAUGAACAAAGCUAUAGCUGACUUUCUUGCAAGGUUAAAAAUGGAAGAAGAUUUUUGGAGGCAAAAAGCGGCCAUUAAAUGGGUGGCCGAAGGAGAAAGAAAUACUAGAUAUUUUCAAGGCUGGGUGAAGCAGAAAAGGGUCAAGGCGAGAAUCCACAUGAUAGAGGAGGGAGAGAGAGUACUGACAGAUGAUGCGGAUAUUAGAAACUCGACAGAAAAGUUUUUCAAAGAAUUGUUAACAGAGGAUGUAGGGUUGCUGGGAGAACCUGAUCUGGAGAUUAUCCCUUCCCUGACUCCUCACGUGAACAUGAACCGAUUGGAAGAGGGGGCUUCGGCUGAGGAGAUAAGGCAAAUUGUGUUUAGCAUCAAUGCAGAAAGUGCAGCAGGGCCGGAUGGGUACUCUGCUAUGUUCUUCCAAAGUUGUUGGGAGAUAGUUGGGACAGAUGUGAUUGCUGCAGUCCGUGAUUUCCUUGCAGGCUCACAGAUUCCUAGAGGUAUUGCGGCAACUUUAAUUGUCCUUAUCCCUAAGAAGAAGAAUCCUACAAAAUAG